GCCCCGGCUGCGGCUUGAAAGCAAACAAGUCACACUCUCUCAAGCUUGUUAUGACCGUUUCUGACUUAGCCCCGCCCCCUCCACUAUUGCCCCGCCUCCCGGGCUUGGAAUGCGAAGGGAGGGAGGGGCUCUGGAAUGACGCCGCCGCCGCCGGAGCCAAGGGGGGGGCGAGGUCACGUGGGGCGAAAGGAAUGCUAACAAUGUGGAGAACGUCCCAAAGUGCUGCGCUGCGAGAGAAGAAGAAGAAGAAGCCGCCUUCGCCUUCGCCUUCUGAGCGCCAGACUGGGAAGAAGAAUGGAGGAGGAGGGCAGCAGCAGCAGCAGCAUUGCUAGUAUCAUCCGAAGGCCCUGAGAGGGAGAAGAAGGCAGCGUAAUCGCGGAAGAGGUGUUGCUCCUGUUCUGUUGAAUCUCCUGCUCUCUGAGGUCUCCAGGCACCCAGAGCUAUUUGGGAAAAUGGCUCUGAAAACAGCAAGAUGGAAUGUCAGCGUUUCUCCCUGUCUAUAGAAACUAUAAAAACUGUGAACUGAAGAAGAGCAAGUGUGGCUGCUCUUUAAAAUAUGUGUCGUGCCAGUGGCUUACGAGGCACAAACCAGGACAUAGAAGUGUGACACAGUCCCUCCCCCAGAGUUUUGCAAUCCUACAGUGAAAUUGUAUUAAGGGAUUAUGAUUUACAGCAGACUGAUAUCCUCAAGAACAACUCUGAAUAUCCCAGCGAUUCUAUGCAAAAUAAGUUGGUAUUUAUGCUGAAACAAAACUGGAUUAACCAUGAGGCCAAAGACUUUUCCCGCUACUACUUACUCUGGCAACAGCAGACAAAGACUGCAGGAGAUUCGGGAAGGUUUGAAACAGCCUACCAAAUCUUUCAGUCAGGGAUUACCUGUUGGACCAGGUGGAGAAAAUUCAAUAGACACUAAAAUUCUAGUUGGGAAAGAUGCUGCCAGGCAGCAGCAGAUGAGACCUGCUGCCAAGUUUGGGCCUUACCAGAAAGCACUGCGAGAAAUCAGAUAUUCCUUGUUGCCUUUUGCUAAUGAGUUGGGCACCACUUCUGCAGCUGUUGAAGUCAACAGGCAAAUGCUACAGGAACUGGUGAACGUAGGAUGUGAUCAGGAAAUGGCUGUAAGAGCUCUCAAACAGACUGGUAGCAGAAGCAUUGAAGCAGCUUUGGAGUAUAUUAGCAAAAUGGGAUACUUGGACCCUAGAAAUGAACAAAUAGUCCGUGUUAUUAAACAGACUUCUUCAGGAAAGGGCAUUAUGCCAAACAGUGUGAGCCGUAGACCAAGUUUUGAAGGAUCCAGUGAAUCGUUUCCGUCCUAUCACCAAAUGAGCAACCCAUCAUAUGAAGGGACAGGCUUUGGGGCAGAAGCUGCUAACAUGCUUGGUGAAGUUCCCAGGCCUUACAUGGACUACCUGCUCUCCACUACACAGUCUGCAACCAUGAAUGCUCCAGUACAGAGACCAGCUGGCUUAGGCUCCCACAGUACGCCUAGCACUCAUCAGCAGAAAGUCUAUCCUGCCAACAUGGAUUCCUCUGUGAUCAACUACCCUGUGGCAAGUCACAGCAGCCAGUCUUUGCAGCUGCAGGCUAGCCAUGGUGCAAAUGGUCCACACUACAGCAGACAGCCUGUCAUGGUGCAGGGUGAGGCUCUUGGGUAUGGAAUUCAGCGGAGCCAGUCUUUUCAGAACAAGUUGCAGCAAGAGGGAGGGUAUCCAAGCCUUCCAAAUAAAGGAACAGUUGCUCAGAAUAAUUCUGGGCAUGGGUUCCAGCAAGCACCAGCUAACCUGUAUAUGUCACACUCUCAUCAUAAGCAGCCAAUCCCAUCUUCUCACCCAAUGCAUGUGAUCACUAGAGGGCCAGCAUUUCCAAAUGAAUUUUCAGACAGCCCGCCACAGGGUCUGUUAACACCAUCUAGAAACAGCCUGAACAUGGACCUGUAUGAUAUGAAUAACUCUCAAAUUCAGCAGUGGCAAGCAACCUCUUCAUCUUCUUCCUCUUCUUCUUCCCGCCGUGAUUCUUUACAAAACCCAACUUUGGAAGCAUCUCCCCGGCAGCAUAUACCCUUCAGGCCAGAUGCCUGUGUCCCAAGCAGAACCAACUCUUUUAACAAGCAACAAAUGCCUGUGUCCAUGCGGCAAACUCCUCCAGGCAAAGCUGAUGCUUCGAUUGCUUCUCCAAAUACCAUCACAGCAGUCACUUCUGCUCAUAUUCUCCAGCCAGUGAAAAGCACAAGAGUGAUGAGGCCAGAACCUCAGACUGCUGUAGGCCCUGCUCAUCCUGGCUGGUUAUCUGCACAGUCUUCAGCUGUGGAUGGUUUAGGAAUGAUUGAACAGCACCCCCUUCCUGUUGGAGGCCCUAAUACUUAUCAGCUAGAUGUUGAUUAUAGCAACCAGGAGCUCAGGUGUCCUCCACCACCAUAUCCUAAGCAUUUGCUGCUGCCCAGCAGUUCUGAGCAGUUUGAUAUCAAUUCCCUGUGCACAGGAAUGGAACAGACUUUGCGGGUAGUCCCAAACCUAUCAGGCCACAAAGCUGAGGAAAAUGGAGAAAGAAAUGACAAAACCAAAACAGCCAAAGUCGAAAAAACAGGCAAGGAUAAAAAACAGAUCCAGACAUCCCCAGUGCCAGUGAGGAAGAAUGGCAAAGAUGAAGAGAAGAGAGAGUCUCGAAUUAAGAGUUACUCACCAUUUGCCUUUAAAUUUUAUAUGGAACAGCAUGUGGAGAAUGUCAUAAAGACUUACCAGCAGAAAAUAAAUCGUCGACUGCAGUUGGAGCAAGAAAUGGCCAAGGCUGGCCUUUGUGAAGCAGAGCGGGAGCAAAUGAGGAAAAUCCUCUACCAGAAGGAGUCCAAUUACAACAGGCUAAAGAGAGCCAAGAUGGAUAAAUCAAUGUUUGUAAAAAUCAAAACUCUGGGUAUUGGUGCUUUUGGGGAAGUCUGCCUUGCCUGUAAAGUGGAUACUCAUGCUUUGUAUGCCAUGAAAACCCUGAGGAAGAAAGAUGUGCUGAAUCGUAACCAGGUGGCUCAUGUAAAAGCUGAGAGAGAUAUUCUUGCAGAAGCUGACAAUGAAUGGGUGGUUAAGCUUUAUUACUCCUUCCAAGACAAAGAGAACCUAUACUUUGUGAUGGACUACAUUCCUGGUGGAGACAUGAUGAGCUUGCUGAUCCGGAUGGAAGUCUUUCCAGAAAAGCUAGCUAGGUUUUAUAUUGCUGAACUCACAUUGGCCAUAGAGAGUGUACAUAAAAUGGGGUUUAUCCAUAGAGACAUCAAGCCUGAUAACAUUCUGAUUGAUCUCGAUGGACACAUCAAAUUGACUGACUUUGGCCUUUGUACUGGAUUCCGAUGGACACACAACUCAAAAUAUUAUCAGAAAGGGAAAGCAGAGGCAGAAGGACAAGAUGGGAACAGAGGGAGCCAUAUCAGGCAAGACAGCAUGGAGCCAAGCGAUCUUUGGGAUGAUGUGUCUAACUGUAGAUGUGGAGACAGAUUGAAGACCUUGGAACAGAGAGCCAAAAAGCAGCAUCAAAGAUGUUUAGCCCAUUCAUUAGUUGGCACUCCAAAUUACAUUGCACCAGAAGUUCUGCUUCGUAAAGGAUACACUCAGCUCUGUGACUGGUGGAGUGUUGGUGUGAUUCUCUUUGAGAUGCUAGUGGGACAGCCACCCUUCUUGGCUCCUUCACCCACAGAAACGCAGCUGAAGGUGAUAAACUGGGAGAAUACGCUGCACAUUCCCUCCCAGGUCAAGCUAAGCCCUGAAGCAAGUGACCUUAUCACACAACUGUGUUGUGCUGCUGAAGAGAGGCUUGGAAGAAAUGGAGCAGAUGAUAUCAAGGCUCACCCUUUCUUUGACUCCAUAGACUUCUCUACUGAUAUCCGCAGGCAGCCAGCUCCCUACGUCCCAAAGAUCAGCCAUCCAAUGGACACCUCUAAUUUUGACCCCAUUGAAGAAGACAAUCCUUGGGAUGACACCAGUGAAGACAACACCAAGGCAUGGGAUCCACAGACUUCUUCCAGUGGCAAACAUACAGAACAUGCCUUCUAUGAGUUCACUUUCCGAAGGUUCUUUGAUGACAAUGGAUACCCAUUCAGAUACCCAAAACCUUCUGGGCUAGAAGUAAGCCAGUCUGAGAAUUCUGAUGUAGAAAGCAAAGAUGGGCUGGAUCAGACUGGAGCCUGUCAACCUGUAUAUGUGUAGAUUACUGUACAGAGUUCUCAAAAAACCAAACACCUUAUUCACAAAUGUAGGGUCUUCCUUAUAUAAUCCUUAGCUGGGAUAAGUUCCACUUGUGGGUAAUACGAGUCUUGAUGAGACAGGGACUUGCAGGCAAGGUUCUAAAUGCUAAAGGCUUUGAUUAGGCCACUUGGAACUGUAAAUAGCUACGUUGAAGAAUGCACUUGAAAUCUGGCAAUUCAUUAUAAUUUCCAAGUGAAACUUGUCCCCCUUCUUAGCCAACAUGUCCACCUAAGUUAGUGCAUUGUGAAACUCUGAGCAUUUACAGCCUUCCACAGCAUUUUGGGUUUUUUUUUUUCCUAGUGAGCAAAGAGCACUUAUUUUUGUUUAUAGCAGGGUUGUUUUUUUCCUACUAAAUUAUAGGGAUGAACUUUUUUGACAAAUCAUGCUGCUGUUAAUUCUUUUCUCUUUUUUUUAAAAAAAUAUUAUCCAUCGCACUUAUGUCACACUUUUUAGGAAAAUACAUUAAGAUUGAAGAA